UUUUUUUAAGCGAAAAACAGUGGCGCUUUAUCGGAUGACACUGCAAACUAUUCUGUAAAACAGUUGUGUUGUUUUUCUUUUUGUCUUGUCAAAUUUUCAAUGUAACAAUAAUACUAGCUAAACAAUAAAAAAUAAAAACAUAAAUUAUUGAAGAAUAAUAAUUAAAACAAUAUAAAUUAUUAUAAUAUACCUAUAUAAAAUAGAAUGGCAGCUUCAGAGGCAAUGCAGGUGAGCUCAUUGCCCUUACCACCAAGUAAAUAUAUAAAACUAUUUACUGAUGAUAAUGUUAAACGAGGAAGAGUACCAAGACCACCACCUCCAAUUCAUGAUAAUUAUUCAAUGUUUGGAAAUAUAUUUAAUGCUGAUGAUACAAUAAUACGUCCACUUGAAGCACAAGGAAUUAAAAGAUUAUAUCCUCAACAUUUUGAUAGACGUAGAGAAUUAAAAAAAUUAAAUCAUUCUUUGUUAGUUAAUUUUUUGGAUCUUAUUGAUUUAUUAGUACAAUGUCCAGACAGUCCAAGACGUGGUGAAAAAGUUGAAGAUUUAAGUUUAUUAUUUAUACAUAUACAUCAUUUGUUAAAUGAAUUUCGUCCUCAUCAAGCUAGAGAAACACUACGUGUUAUGAUGGAACUACAAAAACGACAAAGAGUUGAAACAACACUAAGGUUUCAAAAACAUUUAGAAAAAGUACAAGAAAUAUUACAAAAUGCAUUACAAUCUUUGCCUGAUACAUCUGAUUUGGAUACUAAAUUAUCAAUUAAUAUUGAAGCCAUGGAUUGUACUGAUAAUAUGAAUUCAGAACAACUAAAUCCAGAUCCAUGUUGUUCAAGUGAUAGAAUUAUGUGUAUGAUGAUUGAUGAUGCAACAACAUCAACUGGUAUUUACUAAACAAAAAAAAUAAUAUAUAUAAUUUCUUAAUUCCUAAAAAAAAAAACAAAUAAGCUAUAAUUAUUAUAAAUAAAUAUAUUAUUAAUUAUCAUGUACAUAUUUUAAAUAAUUUUUGAAAUAAAUAAAAACAAUUUUUUGUUUAA